AUGGCGCCACCAUUUCGAAUGGAUCAGAUCGGCUCCUUGCUACGGCCUAAGGAGUUACUCCAAGCAAGAGUAUCUCUCUCGUCACCUUCGCAGAUGUAUGAAGUAGCAAACGACGAAAAGAUCAAGCAAGCAGAAAAGAAAGCCAUCGAGGAUGUCAUCCAGAAGCAGAUAGACCUCAAUAUUCGACCAGUCUGCUCGGGUGAGUAUUGCCGCCACAUCUUUUAUGGCGGCUUCUUCGAGACUCUGGAUGGCAUGACCCCAAUUCCUGACCUUCCAAUCCCGGAUGCUUUCAGAACGGACUUUCCGACCACUACCGGCCUGGCCAGGAUGGGCGCGAAGACGAGAGCUGCCGUUGUAUGUACUGGAUCGAUUCGGUGGAAGAAGAGCGCAUAUUUGGAAGAAUGGAACAUCCUACGCGGAGGAGUACCAGAAUGGCAGUGGAAAGAACUCAAGAUUACCAUGCCCGCACCAAACUAUCAGCACAUUCAGCUGAAGCCUGGAACUGCUUUCACCAAGGACUCCGGCUACUCUACCGACGAGCAAUACUUUCAAGAUCUCGGCCAAGCUUACGCUCAAGAGAUCAAAGCCCUGUAUUAUGCUGGCUGCCGAAACAUACAAGUCGACGAUCCGCAUCUUACUUACUUUUGCUCGUCACAGUUCCUUGGAGGCUGCAAGAAAGAUGGCGUAGACACCGACGCACUGCUGGAUCUCUAUCUCGAAUCUCACAACAUCUUCUUACGACAGAAGCCUGCCGAUCUCCACAUGGGAAUGCAUUUGUGCCGUGGCAAUAUGAGUGGCUCAACUCAUUGGGUGUCUGGAAGCUAUGACCAGAUCGCCGAGAAGCUGUUCACCAAGACGGACUACAAUACAUAUUAUCUCGAGUUCGAUGAGGUGGGACGAACAGGUGGCUUCGAGCCUUUGCGUUUCCUGCCCAGGGGGAAGAAUGUCGUGUUGGGGCUGGUGUCGACAAAGAAAGCAGAGCUGGAAGAUCCAAAAGUCUUAAAGGGGCAGAUUUAUCAAGCUGCUGAGCAAGUAACCAAAGGGCAGCGGGUUUCGGCGGAUGAAGCGUUGGACUUCCUGGCUAUCUCGCCACAAUGUGGCUUCUCGAGCUCUUCGCUUGCUGGUGGCAAAGACAUGACGAUGGAGAGAAUGUGGGAGAAGUUGGCGCUUGUCAGGGAUACUGCAAAGGAGGUUUGGGAAAGUUUUUGA